CGAAUGUACAGGUGUUGGAAUGUGACAAGUGCUCGAUAUCCUAUUCACAGGCGGGGGGAUCAGCAUCACGUGUGACAAUGGAGCCAGAUCCGGAUGAACAGAUUCACCCAGGCUUGGAGUCUCUUGACUGGGGCAAUGAUUCUAAAGGUACAACACCCUCUGCCAAGUACACCAAGCUGACAGAGCAGGCCAGGAAACUGAUGCCGGCAGAGAAAGUAUGUGCCAUGUUCUGUGGAGGCAAGAAGUGCAAGUACUGCACCUACAACCAGUGGACCAAGGAGCAGAUGGACAUUGAUGGAAUAUACUCCAACUGGGUGACCGACAAGAUACUGGCCAUGGCUAGGCCUACCAACAUGGCCAUUAAGGAGAAGAAACUACUGGAUGCAUUUGAAGAUGCAGGUAUCAAGACAGUGAUCAACCUGCAGAUGCCUGGGGAGCACGCGUCUUGUGGUGAGGGCUUGGAGAAGAGUGGCUUCUCCUACGACCCACAACAACUCAUGGAGAAAGGAAUUUUCUUCUACAAUUUUGGUUGGAAUGACUUCGGUGUGGCGCCAAUGAGCACCCUCCUGGAUGUUGCAAAAGUGAUGCAGUUUGCUCUGUCUGAUGGCAAGGUCGCUGUCCACUGCCACGCUGGCCUUGGUAGGACAGGACUGAUGAUUGCGUGUUACCUGGUGUUCACCAACAGAGAGCUGUCGACAGAUGCCGUCCAGUAUGUUCGAUCCCGAAGGCCCAACUCUGUACAGACUGGGGAACAAGUCAGGGCUGUUGCUGAAUUUCAAGAGUACCUGAAGCCCUUCAGGAUAAUCUUCACAUCGAAAGAUCCUGAUGCUCAUGAGUUCUCGCUGCGCCAGUUUCUUAAUCGUCAGCAACAUAUACUACACGGGUUUGAAGGCAAGAAACUCAAGUACAUUCCUAAAAUCGUGUACGUGUGUUGUGAACGAUUGCUGGAGAUUGCCUCAAAGGGUAACUCUCUACAGAAGACCAGGAGUACGUUGUCCAUGUCAGAUGUACAGUCCGACAUACUUAAAAGAACAAUUAGUGCCAAUUCCCUUGCAAAGACAAAUUCGCAGAUAUCUGUUCGUUCAAGUGAAAAUGCCACGACUGCUGAAAAUAUAUCAGAGACUGCCCAGAGUUUUGAAGAUUUAAAACAUAAAGAUUUUAAAGAAGUGUUAGAGAAUAAUAGCAAAGAAAAUAGUAAAGGGCAUAAGAAGAAAGGUGCUAACAACAAAAAAUACGACGAUUGUGUCGCAGACAGUGAAAAAGAUAUUGAGUCCCCCCACUCAGAGGGAACACUGUCAGGGGCAGAUAACUCUGUCGAUGAUCAGACUUUGGAAGCUUUGGAUAGUGUGAGUAUGUCGGGCCGUAGUGCUGACUCUGGAUCAAGCAAGAGUUACUUGUCAACAAGCCCCCAUGGGUCGUCUCCCGAUGAUCCGUCAGUCUUGAUAUUGGAGGCCUUCAUCGAGACAGACUAUUCAGAUGUUGUGCUGAAGAAGGUGGCUGAUUUUGAGGAAGCUUUGAACCAGACUGAUGAAGCAUGGAGUGUGAUAGCUCAGGAGCAGGAUCCUGUCGUCCUCAGUCUCCUCAUGUGGGAGUGGCUGGACCAGCUGAGUGAGCCUGCUCUGUCAGCUCAGGACUUGCUGACCCUGAUGGGCAGCGAGGAGCCCCCACUGGAUACCCUGUUAAAGUUGGAGAAGGGGAUGAAGUACCUGCUGGAAUACCUGUCGCGGGUGAUCAUCAAGCUGCAGCCCAUCUCCAGCAGUUUGCAGCAGGGUCUCCUGGAGCGCCUCCUGUCCCACCUCACUCACCAGUCCGUACGCCAGGAGGUCCUCUCCCGCCACGGACCAGAGUCCAUGGACGACUGGCCCAAGAUGAGGUCCAACACCACCAAGCACCUCAUCCGCUUUGUCAAGAAACUCAUCAAGAGCAUCAAGGCAAAGGACAAGGACAAGCAGUGAAAGAAGUGCUGUGUAGUAGUGGUGGGUGAGAGGUGAUGUGUGUUGAAGACAGCGUCAUGGUCAAGGUCAACUAGAAGCUGUGCAAGGACAGGCAAUGAAGCAGUAGAGAAGCAGUAGGUUUACCACUGGGUAGAUGGUGGUUGCCAUGACAGGCAAUGAAGCAGUAGGUUUACCACUGGGUAGAUGGUGGUUGCCAUGACAGGCAAUGAAGCAGUAGAGAAGCAGUAGGUUUACCACUGGGUAGAUGGUGGUUGCCAGGACAGGCAAUGAAGCAGUAGAGAAGCAGUAGGUUUACCACUGGGUAGAUGGUGGUUUGCCAGGACAGGCAAUGAAGCAGUAGAGAAGCAGUAGGUUUACCACUGGGUAGAUGGUGGUUGCCAGGACUGGCAAUGAAGCAGUAGAGAAGCAGUAGGUUUACCACUGGGUUGAUGGUGUUUGGUGCCAGAUCAUUGUCAUCCUGGGCUACUGUAGUAUUUGAAUUUAGGGACCUAAGUAUUCACCUUUUAACAUAAGUGUUAUGACAAGGAAGCUUGACCUUCUCUGAAUUUUUAACUCUGCGUAGGGUAGUCAUAUAGUACAGUCAAGACAAUUUGGAAACCCAACACGCAACUAGGCUUUCAGGCUUAAUUUUGAACACUGAAGAUGAUGUGUGUUGAACACGGCAUUAAGUCCAUGGUCACUGAGAACAGCAAGGAAGAGUUAUGAGUUGGGCAUGGGCUUUGGUCCAAAUUACAUAUGUGUUGAAGACAGCAUACUGCCUGUAUGUGGAGCUGUUAUGAAUUCUAGUCUAGUCGACACCUUUAAACCACAAGGGUAUUAGUUUAAGAGGGAAACGCUUCAUGGGAAACAACAAACAUGACAAGUGCUUGAGCUGAACAGAUCCAAGGCAUCUUUCCACAUUGCUACAAUGUGAUAGCUCAUUAAUGGUGUCCAUCAAGUUAUUUUUUUGUAUCAUACUUUUCGUUUGUAAUAUAUUAUUCACCUGUAAGAAACAGUCAUUGGAUUCCUGUAUGAAGCCGACACUCUGUGUUGUGAAAAUAUGUACGAGUAAUGUAACCACCUGUACCUCGGGGGCGUAAUGUUGGAGGAGCGGUGAGAUGUUCAUCCGUCCAUCCUGUAGUCAUUGUUCAUAGUAGUCAUGUAGCCAGGUGUUACCGUGCUCUUUUGCAUCCAUGUAUAUAUUGUUGCAGUGUCAUUCAGGGCACUUAGUUGUAGCUGUACACAUGAACACAAGCUUGUGGCUAGGCAGUUUGAAGUUAGCGGUGGAUAAGGACACACGCUUUCAUUUAUUAUAUUUUGAGAUAUUUAGAAAUCAUUAGGGCUGGUCGUUUAAAAAUUUCAAAAAAUAAUAUAAAUUUGAUUUUGAUUUUAUUUUCUAAUCAAACUUAGCAGUCAGUCAUUCAGAAUAAAAUUAGUUCCCAUUGAUCUUUAUUUGAAAAUAUCCUGACAUUGUACUGACUUUGAAGUAAGUGUCAGAGUUACGAUCCUGGCAUAUUUUUAUCGCGUUUAACGGAAUACAUAUAGUUUUGUUUUCUAUAUACCAGUUAAUUUUUCUUUUUGACAAAAUGGCUUGGCGGUUUUUCAAAAUCAAUUUUUGAACACCAUUUUUAUUUUCCCAGCUACAAUCUUUUUUCUAUGGUUGGCAGAUCCAUGGACGUGAAGAAUAAAAAAGUGUUACCUAGGUGACAAACCAGUGAUUGCAAAUAAAAUUUGUUAGUAUGUCAAGAUAUAAUUCUUACACUGUUGUCAAGCAUGCUGACAGUCGAGCUAGAAAACAGUGGUAUGCUCCAUCACAAUCCACAUCAUGAUGGUGAAGUCUUAAAGAUUAGAUCAUUUUUAUGUAAAUAAGAUAAUGUUGUUGACAUCUAAUGUGAUUAUGGUAUAACAGGAUGAGGGUAAUUAUGGUUCCCCAGCAAAAAUGGUAUUGUUACCAUGGUUACACAAAAUGUGAUACAAAAAGUAUCCGAUUCCUUUGACAGUUCUGCAUAAUAUACACAUUUAAAUGUCUUCUGUUUGUUGUGAUAUUUGUCAGUUUGUCUGGAAAUCUUAAGUUUGACAUGUGAAUAUUUUCCAUGGCUAUAUUUAGAUAAUCAAGAUGAAGACAUCCUGUGAUAUCCAUGUGAGUGUGUUGAAACUAUGUUAUUGUGUGCAUGUGAGCCAUCAUGUAAUUGUAGUAAUAUCUAAUUAUCACCGAGAAAUCUUAAUUAUCAUAAAAAAUGUCUUCACCAGCCCAUACUCAUCGUAAGAGGCGACUAAUGGGAUCGGGUGAGAUUGUAUCCCAAUUGUGUUGAUCGAUGCUCAUGAUGUCAAUCACUGGAUUGUCUGGUCCAGGCUUGAUGAUUUACAGACUGCAGUCAUACCUGGAUUUUUGCUGAGUGCGGUGUUAACAAAUUAUUGUUGUGCACACAGGCUAUUGGCUGUCUGAUACUAGUACAUGAUUUGUGUAUGAGGUCUCAAAGCAAAUUGGUGCACAGAUUUAGAUAAUGUGUUGGUGGGUGUUUCUUUAUUUGUUUUAGAGAAAUGUGUUGAUUUAUUUAAAUGUCUAUUAAAACAAUAUCAUGCAUAGAUGUUGCUGAAUGUUACUUAGUCUAACAUUUAGUCCAAAAGGAAAAAAUAUUAGUUGCCAAAUUGUCAUUUAAUAUAUUAUAGAAAGGGACACAGAAUCUCUCUAUCCUGAAAUUGACACAAUCUAGACUUGCCAAAAUGUCGAAGACUUGCUUUGUUUUCGAUAUAUUUAUAAUUGAUAGAGGUUGAGUGUUAGUGUUUUAUCAUCUUUCCAAACCAAGGGAGUUAUCUGACUAUAAAAGUCCAGUUUCCACCCAUGCCGAACUAGACUGGAAUUUCUGGGCUCGAUAGUGGCCACUAUGAGUUAUGUCCCUUCUAUGUCCCUCAUAUUGACCAAUCAGAUUUCACCUCUCAUAUCACUUGCAUUUGGUCCAAACAGUAUGGCGGGCCCUAGUUAAGACGAUCUGAUCAAUAAUUAAAAACUAUAUUGUGAUAAAACGGCUCUUACUUCUCGAAGUGCACCAAAUCACGUGAGUAGCUUGAUAAAAGAUAUGAAAAGAUUUGGAAAAUAUCGUUUGACGCCGAGUUGGCGGUACACAUGUUUUGCAAAUUCUACAAUUGAUCGAAAUCUGCAUGGCAGUUUUUGAACCGCAUGUCGAUUUUGUUACAUGAUUUUGAUUAGACUAUGCACAGACUCGUCAGCCAAAAUUUGACUCCAUAAUUCCAGCCUAGUUCGGCAGGGGUGGAAACUGGACUUUUGAAGUCAGUUAUCUCCCUUGCUUAGGGAAGAUGGUGUUUUGUUGGGAUAUAUAUGUUUGGUUGUGGGAAGAAAGGACAAGACAAUAGCCUAGCCUUUGUUCUCGCAACAAAAUGUGUUUAUCCUGACAAAUUUCUACUGGCCCAACUCUCUACCUAUCUCAGAGCACAUGGAAACACUCAAGUUCUACAAACUAUACACUGCAGAAUGCACAACCACCAUUUACAUUUGAAGAAGAUUGAACAAUUUCAUAGAAACUGUUCGUGUAGUCAAGUAUUUGUUGUUUAAUGCCUGUCACGCAUGAGAGUUUCACCGUAUAGUUUACGGUACUUUGUCUGCAGGUAAAUGUCCCCCACUGACCAAAAGAGUGACCACCAAUUAGACGAAGUAUUUGCCUGUGCUCUGUUUCUGGGUCUGUAGGAGAGACCUUUGUUGAUGCUUCUUAGUAAUGAUAGUUGUUAUCAUAAUGCGUCAUGCUGAAGACCCGGGUUCGAUUCCCGACAUGGGUACAAUGUGUGAUGCCCAUUUCUGGUGUCCCCCGCUGUGAUAUUGCUGGAAUAUUGCUAAAAGCGGCGUAAAACCAAACUCACUCACUCACUCACUCACUGUUAUCAUAAUGAUCACUCAUUCACCAUGUUCACAGAUUCAAUAUUUGCAACGAGAUUUUACUAUUAUACAAUGGCAAUUUACCUUUAAUGAUUGAAAUAUAGAUAUUUUCUGAUAGAUUCUGUUUGUGUUAACAUCAGAGGAAGUCCUAUGUUAAUUGUUAAUACAUUGUUACUUGUUUCACAGGACUCCGAUAUACUGUUGUGUAUGUGGGCAGUGGUGUAAUGUGGAGAAUGCAGAACUGACCUCUAUUGAUGUGUUGAAUUCAUAUGAAAAUAUGAAAUAUGUUUUGAUGGAGAUUCAUUCCAGUCUCAUGGUAAACCUGAAGAUUGUGGAUGGGUCCAUCACCAGGUUUUGGUGCUUAUACAUCCCCUUGUGUGGUCACAGAGUGUUAUGUUUAUUGGUCAUCAGUCACAUCCUAUUACUAACUAUGGUCCGCUUGCUGCAAAAUCGUACCGAUGAAAUGCAAAAUAGAUAUAAAUCUGAAAGCAACAAUUCAACUUAAAUGGCAUGAAAGGCAUUUAUUUGUCCAUACCAACUCGUCACCAUAGUUUCAGACAUUGUAAUAAAGUAGAGAAAAGGUUGUUUAACAAACGAUUAUGGAAUUGGGUGGUGUUUCAUUGUCUGUUGUUACAAAGGGGUCUGGGCAAUAAACAUAACAGCUAAAGGACAGCGCGGAACAUAGGGGUAGUCUCAAAACUUUUAUUCUGAAAUAAUUUCAUUCAACUGAAAUAAAAAUUUGACUGACAAUUACAUGAUCUAAACCAUCUCUAUUACAAUAUGAAGCUUUAGUUUCGGUCCCAACUUUGUCAGUGCGCCUCCUGCGACUUGCAAUGAUCAUAGACGUGAAGUACCAAGGUUUUCAAAUGACAUGAUAAUUUGUUUAUAUCUAUUUUGCAUUUCAUCGGUACUAUUUUGCAGCAAAGGGACCACACACUUGUUACAGAUGCUUGUGUUGGACGGUGCACUGAAUUCAACCAAAACACAUCCACAUCGAGCAUUUUGUUUGCAUUGGGUAAUGAGAUAUCAUUUCCGAUCACAGGUGGCAAAUGUCACAUUUAUUAUCAUGUAUCAAAAGGGCAGCAGUGUGAUGAUGUAAUGUGUUUCAGGAUGAUCUAAAGGCAAGACUGGGGAAUUAUGGGUUUUGAUAUUGAAAAAUUUGGUUGCUCAGGAUUAAAAAACAUAAAAUUAAUUCUUUGCCUGGUAUGGGUCAUUAUGAAUAUUAUAAAUCUAAAAUUUGACAGCAGAAUUUCAGUUUUGUGGAUUGGUUGGUCUGACAGUUGAUUAGGGUUUGACAUUAACAUGACAACGCUAUAUUUUGCGCUGUUUGCCUUUGCAAAUCUUAAUUGCAGUAUAUUCUGGAAUGGUUGGUGACUUGAUGUUAUUGAUUCCUGAGUAUAAGUUGAUAUAUUUUGUUUAUAAUCAUGUUUCCUAGGUGACAUGGUUUUCAUUUGGCAGAUAGGAUGAAAUUAUUCCAUUUCUGCAUUUAACAUUAGAACAUGAUGUAUAUUCUUUAGGGCUGUGACGAGUCCAAAUUUACUACCCAGGUACCCUAUUACCCUACCCUACCGGGUACCCGCUGUAGGUCUCAGGAGAUGUCUCAAAAUGUUCUAUUGGGAACAUUUUUAGCAUAGCUCUGG